UGAACCUGAGACUGAUGACAGUGCUGAUUGGAAGGAGACCAGAGAACCUCAGUCAGCUUUAAACUCUCUGAAACAUGAUUCAACAUGUAAGAAAACAUUCAGUUGCUCUGAGUGUGAGAAAAGAUUUGGGACCAAGGCACACCUGAAGACACACAUGAGAACUCAUACAGGAGAGAAAACUUUUAGCUGCUCUGAGUGUGGGAGAAGAUUUGGCCACAAGCAACAUCUGAAGAGACACAUGAUAACUCACACAGGAGAGAAAACAUUCAGCUGUUCUAAGUGUGGGAGAAGGUUUGGCCAAAGGGGACACCUGAAGAGACACAUGAUAACUCACACAGGAGAGAAACCUUUCAGCUGCCCAGUCUGCAAGAAAUCUUUUACAGAGAGAGGAAGUGUAAAGACACACAUGAGAAUCCACACAGGAGAGAAACCUUUUAUUUGUUCUGAGUGUGGGAAACAAUUUAGCUACAAGUCAUAUUUGAAGACUCACAUGAUAACUCACACAGGAGAGAAAGCUUUCAGCUGCUCAGUCUGUAAGAAAUCUUUGGCAGAUAGGAGAAGUGUAAAGGCACACAUGAGAAUCCACACAGGGGAGGAACCAUUUAGCUGCUCUGAGUGUGGAAACAGAUUUGGGACCAAGGAAUACCUGAAGACACACUUGAUGACUCAUACAGGAGAAAAACCUUUCAGCUGCUCGGUCUGUAAGAAAUCAUUUACACGCAGUGGAAGUUUAAAGAUGCACAUGAUAACUCAUACAGGAGAGAAAACGUUCAGCUGCUCUGAGUGUGGGAGAAGAUUUGGCUACAAGACACACCUGAAGAGACACAUGAGAACUCACACAGGAGAGAAACCUUUCAGCUGCUCGGUUUGUGAUCAAAGAUUUAACCUCAACGCAAAUCUGAAGACUCACAUGAGAACUCACACAGGAGAGAAAGCUUUCAGCUGCUCAGUCUGUAAGAAAUCUUUUAGACAGAGGAGCCAUUUAAAAUAUCACAUGAAACAACACACAGGAGAGGAACCGUCUACUUCCUGUGUUAGUGACAUCAGAGAGCAGCAGAAGUGGAGCUCCAGUGGGGACCAGGAGCAGCCAGAGAAUCUCAGCCAGGUUGGAACUUCAGUAUAAGCCGACUUCUGGCGAGUCGCGGAGCUGAGGCUAAAUGAGUCACAUUAACUUCAUCCUUCAUCCACACAAAGCACACUGCUAUCACCACGACUAACCGCUUUAUUGGGCUCGUUUUCUGUGAACGAUGUGGCGAGUUGGUGACAUUAAAGCGGAGUUAGCAAGCUAAUGUUAGCCAAAUAACAAGUUGUUCUCCGGCUGGCUGGUUCUGCCGUGCUGUCAUGCUGCAUCGGUUACAGAGAAUGAGCUGAACAGCGGGCUGGGUGACCGCUGACCCGUUGUCGCUGGGUCUGACUGCCCCCCCUCGCUCCCCGCAACUCUGAGAACAUCUCCCGAGCUGCGUUGGGCGGCUCUCCUCCCAGCGAGCUGCGACACCGUUUACGGCCUCACUGACGCGUAUUGUCACCAUGGCAACUUACAACAAUGGCCAUUUCGUUGUGUACCAAUCAAAUGACCAAGGGAAACAGUUCACUGGCCUUUCUAUCCAUUUUAAUCUAUGCUCUGAACGCUGUAAUCUGUAAACUGUGGAUGCUGAUCUCUACGUAAAGCGUAACU